AAAGAAAACAAUUUAAAACAAGCCCAACACUUUUCUCUUCUCAUUCACAAUCACAAUCACAAUCACAAUCACGUCCCUCUCUCUCUCUCUCUCUCUCAAUAUUGUCUGCAUCCUCCCAAAACCAAUCCCCAUACUUCUCCCAAGGAAAUCCCCAUUUUCUUCUCACAAAAUCAAAUCCGUAACUCGCACUCCCCUCCUUUUCUUCUCCAGCGAGAAUUCGCCGUUCGACCACCCAAUAUCGCCGCCGCCUUAUCAUUUCUUCGUCCCCGCUCUCCGACGGCGGGCGCACGCCGCCGCCGCAGCCAUUCGGCUAAAACCACCGCGACCUUUUAAAAAAAUACUCCACUUAUGGGUUGAGGAAAUAGCAAAGAGUGAAGUGAAGUGAUGAAUCAGCUGGCGAGAUGUUGAUUGUGAAGUGAUGAAUAUUGGUGAAUUGUAAUUUUGUGGAUCAGAAACAGAUUUGAGGAUACGUUCAACAUUGCUGAAAAAGAACACCAGUGCUUCAUAGAGGCGUGGCUUAUAAAUGGAAUCCCACUUGCAUAAGAGUUCGUCUCCAACCAUUCAAAAAUGGAGGAAAGUUGCCUAUGGCGGGAUGCAACCCGGGUUUGAUGACAAUCAUACAGAUGAGUCUUUCCUAGAAGACAUGAUUAUGAACGCCAAUGUUGUGAAAAGAGAUCUGGUUAAGGUGAUUCUUGACGCAGUUUCCAUCUCACAAUAUUUGUGUGUUGUUGCUCUUGUUGUCUUGGUCUGGACUUAUACACUUAGAUCCAUCUUUAGCGAACAGUCUCUCUUGUUACUUGACAUUGCUCUUCUUGGGUGGGGUUUCCUAGUUGUUCUUUUGACAGCAGAAACGCUAUCGUUUGAGCUGCUGCUCAAUUAUAUUCUCAGAACCUCUUUCUUCAUAACCGGCCUAUACAUUUUAUCUCCUAUCUAUCACACUUUGACACGCUCCAUAAGUUCGGAUUCCAUUUGGGCACUCACGGCUGCUCUUGUCAUACUCCAUUUGUUUCUGCAUAACUAUUCUGGCUCCACGGUUGAAGCUCCUGGGGCUCUUGAGUUUUCUACCUUCACGAGCAACAUUUCUCUUAAUGUCUCUAUAGUUGCUUCGCUUCUAAUUGCUUCCCGUCUUCCUUCAAGGCUUCAUGUUUUUGCUAUUGUUCUGUUUUCCUUGCAAGUCUUCUUGUUUGCCCCAUUUGUUAGUUAUUGUAUCAAGAAAUACUCUUUUCGGUUACACUUGUGUUUCUCGUUGGGUUUGAUGGCUCUAACUCUGUUUUUUGUUUAUCACUUGCACCAAUUGCUCUUUAUUUUAUUGCUGAGCAUAUUGAUUUUUGUUAAUUUGGUCUGCCCCUAUUGGCUGAUUAGAAUUCAAGAGUACAAAUUUGAGAUAAAUGGCCCCUGGGAUGAGGCUAAGCUCUGUUUUAACAUAACUGAGUGAAACUGUCCCUCUUCAUACAUGUAGUAUGGGCUUAGUGUGUAUAUGCUUUGGGAUUUUUUGGAUAAGACUUGAUAAUAUAUUGUAUUAAAACUUUUGUUUCUUUUAAUACAUCCAUGUUUUGGCUGGAUGUAUUAAGAUCCUCUAUUAAAUUGUAAUUCCUAAAUUGUUCUUUAA